UAGUUUAGUAGGCCCUGCUGUCCUGUAAAUUUAUUUGUUUCCUUUAUUAUUGACACAAUUUUUAUAUUUUAUUAAAAUAUUUAAAACUUCAUUACUUGAGCUGUAUGGAAAGUGUCCCUACAUAGCAUAGCUACCUCAAACGAACAAAAAAUCAAGAGCGCCAUUUAAAGGCCAAAAUGCAGUCUAUUUUACGCAAGAACGUUUUCAACCAUGCGAACUUUUUCAAGCCGAUUUCUCACUACGCAACUGUUGCAGAUGAUCCCAUAGAAAACCGUGCGUUGAUGACCCAUGAAUAUAAAAGGGAGAUCCGUAAAUUUCCACCAUCCGUAUAUGGCGGUAUACAUAUUCUCACCUGCGUUUACAGCACGGGUCUAGGUUUGAAGUUGUUCAAUGCUGUCCGAAGGAUUGUAGAUCACAGUGGAGCUCCCGUAUUUUGGGAAUCGUUCGCCCUACCACAAUCCAAAAUAAAACACCAUUAUAUCGAAGAGAUAACACAGUCGAUACUUCGUAACAGAAUAGCAGUGAAAAGCAAUUUUGAGUUGGGUCGAAAAAAUUUUGGAGAAGGUUCCAUGUCCUAUGCCAAUAAUUAUAUAAUAAACUCGUUGGAUUUAUUUGCUGGUAUUUUGAAGUUCCGAACUUUCGAAGGACUCAAAACUAAACACAAGAAUGUCGAUAUGGCGGUAGUUUUCCAGAACAAUUGGGGUGAUUUCCAUAAUCUCGAAUAUGAACCAGUGAAAGGGGUCGUCGAAAGUAUUCGCGUUGCACAUGGUCCCCUCUUUGAAAAGCUUGUCGUCUAUGCAUGUAACUACGCAAUGAGACGAGGACGUAAAAAAAUAAGCAUAGUCCAUCACAAGAUACACAUUUCAAUUGAGCAAUCUGAGCAAUUGUUCCUUGAGACUGCUAAGAAAGUCCAGUCAAGAUUUCCUGAGUUAGAAUUCGAACAAAUGAACCUCCGUGAAACUAUCGGUAUCAUCUUCAAAGAUCCAAGCUACUUCGAUAUCAUUUGUCUGACAGAUAGAUUUGCAUCACCCGUCGCUUCAGCACUCUGUGGAAUUUGUGGAGGACAAGGUCUCUUUUCUGGAGCCAGCUAUAACGAGUAUAUAGCCAUGUUCGAGCCGGCUGAAGUGAAAUUGUGCUUAAGAGAUAACAGAUUGCUCAAAGGACCUAGUCCUAUAGCCGUUCUCACUUCUACUAUUGGAGCAUUGAAUUAUGUCGGGCUGGGACAGUAUGCGGACAAAAUAGAAAAGGCUCUUUAUAAAACGAUUUUAAGUGAUAAAAUAAGAACAUUAGAUUUGGGCGGAAGGGCGUCAGCGACACAAGUUUGUGACCAGAUAAUGAGAAACAUCGAUGAGAUAGAUUAUUGCGAGGCUAAGGAAAUUCCGGAGGGUGGCAAGAUCAGAGAAAAGAAAGAAAGUCCGUUGUUUUGAAUGGCGCGCAGUCAAGUUUGCUCGUGAAAUCGUGUCGAAUUGUAUUCUAGUUUGAUAUUUUAUCCUUGGUCAUGUUGACUGAUUAUUGUAAAUGAGGUGUAAACACCGUACUUGUACCAAUAUGGAUUAUAACAAAAGAUGAUG